AUGUCUUUUCAGGCAAGAAACAAGCCUGCAGAUGGUGGUGGACACGUUAAUCAGAAAAACGCCGCGGGGCAGAAAGUUACUCCUGGUGGACAGAAAGGCGGGGCGAAAGGCGGACCAAAGACACCGGUGAAACCAUCAGCGCAGAAGGGUUCGGUGAAGACAGCACCUCCUAAACAGGCGGCGGCGGCAGCGGUAAAGACUCCACAGGGCAAGAAGAAAAAAGGACACAAGCACCAACAAUAUGAACUUAUUGUUACUAUUAAUUUGUCAGAAUAUGGCCUCACAGAAGAACAAGUAGCAGAGUUCAAAGAAGCCUUCAUGUUAUUCGAUAAGGAUGAAGACGGGACCAUCACGAUGGCUGAACUUGGGGUGGUCAUGCGGUCAUUAGGACAGAGACCUUCAGAGACUGAGCUAAGAGAUAUGGUAAAAGAAGUGGACCAAGAUGGCAACGGAACUAUUGAGUUCAACGAAUUCCUUCAGAUGAUGUCCAAGAAGAUGCGAGGGGCAGAUGGUGAAGACGAGCUUAGAGAAGCAUUUAGAGUAUUCGACAAGAAUAACGACGGGUUGAUAUCUUCAGUGGAGCUGCGGCAUGUAAUGACGAACCUUGGUGAACGACUGAGUGAAGAAGAGGUGGAUGACAUGAUCCGUGAAGCAGACCUUGACGGAGACGGCAUGGUCAAUUACGAUGAAUUUGUGACAAUACUGACGUCGAAAAACUAG